AUGUCGUCAAGGCGUUUGGGACCCAUCUCUCUGACACGAUAUCGCCCAUUCCUCUACCUAUUCGCGGGCGUCGCAGCUGCCUAUGCACUUCUCUACAUACAUAAUAAUAUCGUCCAACCUCGACGACGCCAGCCGUCUCUCCGCCGUCGCAACGCAAUCCGUCGCCAUAGGCGCAACGAAUCCGAUGAAGUCGACCUCGUGAAUACCCCUUCGUUCCGCGCGAUCAACCAUCUCGAGCAGUUGGAGCGCCAGAAUGGAGUCUACGGGACAUUUCGAAUAGAAACCGAAGAUGGACGACGGGUGGAAAGUGGACUUCUUCCAUCUCUGCUCGCGACGCGCGAUCAGCUGAUGGAGGAAGUCGGCGUGCCUCAAGCCCACGCGGAGUUGAUACGCCAAAUGAUGGAAGACACGUUCCUCGAAUCCUUCCUUGCUUUAGAUUUUCCUCCAUCGCACACUAUUCCGGAAGGGACUGUAGAAAGGAGCUAUCUGAGUGAACAACUACAGAGACGGGGAAUCUCGCGGGCCGGAAUCGAAAGGGCGCUUUCGCGAUUCAACGAUGACAGCAACUACGGUGAAGAACUGCGUCGUCGGAGACAGAAUGGUGAACGGGUGACUUUGUCCACUUCAACUUUUCCCGACAUGACGGUGCCCCUGCAGACCCUUGAUGGUGGCGAGACGGUGGUUGAUGAUCAGAGCGUGUUCUCCUGGCGAGAUGGGAAUAAUGAUACUUCGCCUACGAGGGAGGGCCAGAAUCUGCUCAACCUGCUGUACCAUAUUGCGGAGGAUCAAGCAAGAAGGGAUGGAUAUAUCCACCGAGGCGUGACCUGUAAUAGCUGCGGAGCAAUGCCUAUUCAAGGGAUCCGGUAUCGAUGCGCCAACUGCAUUGACUACGACCUAUGUGAAACCUGUGAAGCGAUGCAGGUCCAUAUAAAGACCCAUCUCUUCUACAAAGUCCGUAUACCUGCGCCCUUCCUGGGUAACCCCCGGCAAUCCCAGCCUGUCUGGUAUCCUGGAAAGCCUACGAUGUUGCCUCGCAGCCUACCGCGACCCUUGGCGAAGCGCCUGAUGAAGGAAACCGGAUUUGAAAAUACAGAGCUGGAUGCUCUUUGGGACCAAUUUCGCUGUCUUGCAAAUCAUGAAUGGGUCGACGAUCCAAACAAGCUGUAUAUGGCCAUUGACCGCAAGACUUUCGACCGGUGCUUUGUCCCCAACACAUCCACUCGACCUCCUCCUCCAAGCCUUAUCUACGACCGGAUGUUUUCCUUUUAUGAUACCAAUGGUGAUAAUCUCAUUGGAUUUGAAGAGUUCCUAAAGGGACUUGCUAGCUUUAAUAAUAAAAGCGCUGACGAACGCAUGCGGCGCAUAUUCCGCGGCUACGAUCUUGACAGUGAUGGGUACGUUGAAAGAAAGGAUUUCCUGCGGAUGUUCCGGGCAUACUACGCUCUCAGUCGAGAAUUGACCAGGGACAUGGUAGCUGGCAUGGAAGAUGAUUUUCUAGAAGGCGGUGCUCGGGAUGUUGUUCUUGGAAGCCAGCCGAUUAGCUCGGCUUUCCCUGGUAAUAUACCAUCAGGAGAGGCUUCAAGGACAGGAGAAGGGAAGCGUUUCAACACGGAAGGCGACCUGGAGAUCGUGGAUCAUGAAGGCGUAUUGCGGCAGGAUGGCACUGACACUGGCGAUCAACACGCUGUUGUUGGGGAUGCAGCAGUUCGAGCGCAAUUCGGUCGUGAACGGCCUAUGUUUCCAUCAGCCAUGCGUAUGUCUACGGGAUAUCACGCUGGCGGUGUGAAUGGCCAUCCUGAAAGGCUUCAGGAUGAAGAUGCCGCCAGCGAAUCUGACGCCAGCGCGUCUAGUUCGUCGGUCUCCAGUGAUCAUUGGUCGCCAGCGGAACAUAUCCUCGAAGAAGACAUCGUCAAUGCUCUUGGAGCUUACGUUCCGCUUCAGGAAGUCACAGAUCCCGUGGAUAGGGCUCGAAUUGGGACGGUUGUAUAUCAUCGACUACAUGAUGAUGACCAAAGAAGAAUAGAGGAGGCCCGAAGACAAGGAAUCGACGAGCGGUGGAGACGGAGGGCGUUUUAUAUUGACGAGGAGGAUGGCGUAUUGGCCCCUCAAGGUUAUCAGAGGGAUUCCGACGUCGAUAACUCUAGCGAUGAAGAUGAUUCAAUUGACGAGUCCCAUCCCCCGUCUCCUCGCUCUCGAUCUUCCUCGAAAGUACGCUUCCAGGAUGACCUUGCUGACGACUACGAUGUAAGGUCAAACCCAUCGACAUCUUCCCGUAGCAUCCCUGUUGGUGAGCGCUGGGGCGGGUUUGAGAUUCCGGAGGUGGAGCGUGAUGUGGGAAAGGAAAUUUUAUAUCAAGUCACGCAACAGGGAUUUAACGAGCUCCUCGACAUGCUAUUCAAGCCCAAAGAAGACCUCCUGAUGGAGGUAUAUAGAACGCGAGCCGAACGAAAGACGUGGGCUCGGGAAAUCGAACUUUUCGAACAGGCGGACCAUGAACGGAAGAUGCGAAUUGGCGAAGAUAUAGCGGAUGAAGCUACACAGCGACAUAACGGCCCCUUCAGGGAAGAGGACCGAUCGUUGGAGGAGCUGCUUCAACGCUCGGGAUAUUCACUGAGAAGCCCAAGUCCACCCCAGAAUAUCGCGAGAAUUCCCUCACCGGCGACCUCGUCAUCAGACGAUGACGUGCGACCAAGGCAUCUAGCUUCACCCACGGAGGACAGCUCGGCGGACGAUGGUCUCCCCCAUGGUGAACAACACACAGCUGAUAAUGUCGAGUCUACUGCUGAUCUCCCUGCGUCUCCUGGAUUACAUGCGACUGAGGACGUUCCAUCUCAAGUGACUACACCGGAUAACUUCGACCCAACACUGCCGCAAUUCCGUCCAAAUGAAGGGGAAGAGCCACAACACCAUGCUCAUUUUGCACUCCAAGAAAACCAGCCGGUAAUACGAAGCAUUGAACCUCCAUAUUCCCCAUCUUCAUACACCAGUGAUGGCUCCCAGCGGCAUCAUCACCAUCAACCCUUGCCUCUCGACCUCCGUCUCCCACCUAACGACACUUCAUCCCCAGCUCUAGCGGACGCAGAAGAAACAGUAGCAAAACCUUCGUCCCCGUCACCCAUGCCCCCACUACCCUCAGGACAACCGUCAUCGUCAUCCCCGGCACCCUCCGCCCAGCAAUCUCCGCCGUGUCAACCAUCUCCAAAAACACUCUCACGAUGGGCAUUCUUGAACCAUGUCGAGCGCGAGGCCCGCGAGCGCGGCGGUCCCGGUGCGAAACUCAAUUUCGAGGAAUUCGCUAGCCGUAUGAAUGCCGAUCGAGGACGGAGACUUGCUUUUGUGGGGAGCUGGAUUGAGAUGGCUAGUUUCUAG